GGCACCCGGUGCCCCGACCCGCCUGCAGGCAAGCCCGCGAUGGCGGCCAAACGCAAAGGCGGCCUGAAGCUCAACGCCAUCUGCGCCAAGCUGAGCCGCCAGGUGGUGGUGGAGAAGGGAGCGGAGGCCGAGGACAGCCCACUGCGGCCCCGGGACAAAGAGCGCAGCGGCCCUGAGUCGGGGGUGGCCCGGGCCCCCCGCAGCGAAGAGGACAAGAGGCGGGCGGUGAUCGAGAAGUGGGUGAACGGGGAGUACAGCGAGGAGCCGGCACCCACGCCCGUGCUGGGGCGGACUGCCCGGGAGGGUCUGGAGCUACCACCCGAGGGCGUCUACAUGGUGCAGCCCCAGGGCUGCAGUGACGAGGAAGACCACGGCGAAGAGCCCCCCAAGGAUGGCAGCGUCAUGGAGGAGAAGGACUCGGACGGCGCAGCCUCCAAGGAUGAUAGUGGCCCCCGUGCCAAGCAGGCUUCAGGAGAGGCUUCCUCGCUGCGGGACUACGCGGCCUCCACCAUGACCGAGUUCCUUGGCAUGUUUGGCUAUGAUGACCAGAACACACGGGACGAGCUGGCCAGGAAGAUCAGCUUCGAGAAGCUGCACGCGGGCUCCACGCCGGAGGCGGCCACCUCCUCCGCACUGCCCACCUCCGAGGACGCCCUCAGCAAGCGGGCGCGGUUCUCCAAGUAUGAGGAGUACAUCCGCAAGCUCAAGGCCGGCGAGCAGCUGUCCUGGCCGGCCCACGGCACCACAGCCGAGGGGCGGGCCGGCAAGGAGGCCCUGGGCUCCCUGCCGGGCCUGCGGCUGCCCAGUAGCACCGCACACCUGGAGACCAAGGCCACCAUCCUGCCCCUGCCCUCACACAGCAGCGUCCCCAUGCAGGGCCUGGUGGCCCGUGCCUCCAAGUACGACUUCUUCAUCCAGAAACUGAAGACGGGUGAGAACCUGCGGCCCCAGAACGGCAGCGCCUACAAGAAGCCGUCUAAGUACGACCUGGAGAACGUCAAGUACCUGCACCUCUUCAAACCCGGGGAGGGCAGCCCCGACAUGGGAGGGGCCAUCGCCUUCAAGACGGGCAAGGUGGGGCGCCCCUCCAAGUACGACGUCCGGGCCAUCCAGAAGCCGGGCCCCGCCAAGGUUCCGCCCACCCCCAGCCUGGCUCCUGCACCCCUCGCCAGCGUGCCCACUGCUCCCAGUGCCCCCGGGCCAGGCCCUGAGCCACCUGCCUCCCUGCCUUUCAACACUCCCGAGUACCUGAAGUCAACCUUCUCCAAAACAGACUCCAUCACCACGGGGACCGUCUCCACUGUCAAGAACGGAUUGCCCACAGAUAAACCAGCUGUCACUGAAGAUGUAAACAUUUACCAGAAAUAUAUUGCCAGGUUCUCAGGCAGUCAGCACUGUGGCCACAUCCACUGCGCCUACCAGUACCGCGAGCACUACCACUGCCUGGACCCUGAGUGCAACUACCAGAGGUUCACGAGCAAGCAGGACGUGAUCCGCCACUACAACAUGCACAAGAAGCGGGACAACUCCCUGCAGCACGGCUUCAUGCGCUUCAGCCCGCUGGACGACUGCAGCGUCUACUACAACGGCUGCCACCUCAACGGGAAGAGCACCCACUACCACUGCAUGCAGGUGGGCUGUAACAAGGUGUACACCAGCACGUCGGACGUGAUGACCCACGAAAACUUCCAUAAGAAGAACACCCAGCUCAUCAACGACGGCUUCCAGCGCUUCCGAGCCACCGAGGACUGCGGCACGGCCGACUGCCAGUUCUACGGGCAGAAGACCACGCACUUCCACUGCAGGCGCCCCGGCUGCACAUUCACCUUUAAGAACAAGUGUGACAUCGAGAAGCACAAGAGCUACCACAUCAAGGACGACGCCUACGCCAAGGAUGGCUUCAAGAAGUUCUACAAGUACGAGGAGUGCAAGUACGAGGGCUGCGUGUACAGCAAGGCCACCAACCACUUCCACUGCAUCCGCGCCGGCUGCGGCUUCACCUUCACCUCCACCAGCCAGAUGACCUCCCACAAGCGCAAGCACGAGCGCCGGCACAUCCGCGCCUCGGGCUCCGGCGUGCUGGGGCUGCCGCCCUCGCUGCUGGGCGCCAAGGACACGGAGCACGAGGAGUCCAGCAACGACGACCUGGUUGACUUCUCUGCCCUGAGCAGCAAGAACUCCAGCCUCAGCGCCUCCCCCACCAGCCAGCAGUCCUCCGCCUCCCUGGUCACCGCCACUGCCACCUCCGAGGCUGGGCCCAGUGCCACCAAGCCUCCCAACAGCAAGAUCUCGGGGCUGCUGGCCCAGGGCCUGCCUGGCUCCAUCCCCCUGGCGCUGGCCCUGUCCAGCUCGGGCCUGCCCAGUGCCGCGCCCUACUUCCCCAUCCUUCCGGGCCGGGGCAACACCUCCCUGCCUGUGGGCGCCCCCGGCCUCAUGGGUACCAUGUCGUCAGGGACAGCAGCCUCAGUAACCCCCGACACACCCGCUCUGGCUGCCUCGGGAGCUGGCGACUCGGCCGCAGCGGCAGCUGCCUCUGUCCCGGUGCCCCCUGCCUCCAUCAUGGAGAGGAUCUCUGCGAGCAAGGGCCUCAUCUCGCCCAUGAUGGCCCGGCUGGCUGCGGCCGCCCUCAAGCCCUCUGCCACCUUUGACCCAGGAAAUGGGCAGCAGGCCACCCCUGCCAGGUUCCCCCCAGCCCCGGUGAAGCAGGAGCCCGGUGAGAGUGCUGGCGCCCCAGGUCCCCACGAGGCCUCCCAGGACCGCAGUUUAGACCUGACUCUGAAGGAGCCCAGUAAUGAAUCAAAUGGCCACGCAGUCCCGGCAAAUUCAUCUCUUUUAUCCUCGCUUAUGAAUAAGAUGUCUCAGGGCAACCCCAGCCUCGGCGGCCUGUUGAACAUCAAGACAGAAGCGGAGGGGAGCCCCGCCGGGGAGUCCUCGCCCUUCCUGGGCAAGGCCGUGAAGGCGCUGGUUCAGGAGAAGCUGUCAGAGCCCUGGAAGGUCUACCUUCGCAGGUUUGGCACCAAGGACUUCUGCAACGCCCAGUGUGACUUCCUCCACAAGGCCCACUUCCACUGCGUGGUGGAGGAGUGCGGCGCGCUUUUCAGCACCCUGGACGGGGCCAUCAAGCACGCCAACUUCCACUUCCGGACAGAGGGAGGAGCAGUGAAAGGAAAUGCGGAGGCUUCCUUCCCGACCUCGGCUGCUGAGACCAAACCUUCCUUGGCCCCCUCAUCCCCUCCAGCGCCUCCCAUCACCACGGCCACGGCUUCCUCUCUCGAGGGGCCCACUCCCAGCCUGGCUGCCGUGCCCUCCAGCCCCACCCUGCUCGCCUGGAAGCAGCUGGCUUCCACCAUACCCCAGAUGCCUCAGAUUCCAGCGUCAGUGCCUCACCUGCCCACUUCGCCCUUGGCAACGACUUCUCUAGAAAACGCCAAGCCCCAGGUCAAACCCGGAUUCCUCCAGUUCCAGGAGAAGUGA